AUGGACAUGUCAAGUGAAGCGUCUGAUUUUGAAAGGUUCCUUUCUGCCUUUUUCCCUUCUCACAACGGCUCCUUCACAAGUGCGGCGGCUGUUUGCGCACUCGCAGAGUACACAGGCGUCUCAGAGUGGGAAGCUUCAAAGGUGAUGGAUAUGCGGCAGCAUCAGCACUCCAUGGGUCAGAUGCACAUGUACGCGGCGCGGUUGGUGGGAACGGGUCGGACGCCGAGUGAAGAGCGGCGCCGCAUGACGGUGAUGCUGCCAGCAAGUGGAACCGCGUCCCACAUUGGCAAGUCCGUGUGGGGUGGGGAUGACUCCCCCAGUCCAUCCCCCGUUGCCCCGGGGGCAGAGCAGAGGCGAAAAAUAUGCAAACAGUACCGAGAAAGCGGCGCAUGCACAUUCGGCUCGCGCUGCCUCUAUCAUCACGCGAAGCCCCUUGCAGUGUGCCGGCCAGAGCCGCACCUGACAAAAGCGCCGCGCGCCUUUUCGUUGGGGAUCAUGGGCCGCUGCAUGGAAGACAUGCAGCACCUGGUGAUAUCUAACAGAAGUCCAGAGCGGAGCUCGAAGGGAGAUAAACGAGAGAUGCUUGGCGUGCUGCCGUCAUCUACAAACAAUUACUGUUCGCCGGUGAAAUCACCAAAAGAGUCUUUAAAAAGCGGCACAGGGCAGUUGCAACAACAACAACAACUGUCGCCUCCACUGGUGAGGGCGCAAAACACAGCUGUAAGCCCAGCCUUUUCGGCGAUGGGCGGCAUUGUAAUGGUGCCGCUCUCUCUUCCCAAUGGAGAAUUCUACGGGUACGCCCCUCUUCCUCUACACACGUCACAGGCGCAAAUAUCUCACCCCUAA